CUGAAAGGAUAUCUGCGGCCGUAACAUGCAAUGAGACUGCUGUUGCUCUUUGUCUAAAUCCAUUUCAUACGUUUAUGUUUGACCUAGAUAUUUUUCAUACUACAGAAAUUGUGGAGUACGAAUUGAACCAAAUGUGCGAAAAGAAGCAAGAAAUGAAGAAAUGCUUUGAUAGUACUCUUUCACCUUGUUCUAGAAGGGAGCAACAUAUUAUACGUCAAGAACAUAAAGGAGGACUACGACUGUUAGAGGAAUUAUGUGAUAGAAAUUCAGCUGCUCGCAAGGGCUUAGUGGCGCAUUCAAACUGUAUAAAUGAAGAACGUGAGAUGGUGACACAAUGCGACCGUGAAUACGCUCAUAAGGUACGGUCUCAAAAUGAAUCCUUAUCUGAAGAAGAAAACAGGAAGAGAUGCUGUAUGCUCGAGAAUUAUAAAGAAUGCAACAGGAAGGUCAUGAUAACAGAAUGUGGCGAGGAAGCAGCUAUCUUCAUUGAAAAAGCAUUUAUCAUAGCUUUUGCCGAUCUUAACAUAACCCUUUGUGCGGGCUUCUAUCCAGACUCUACGACCUGUCGGAUGUACUCGACUGCAUCAUCUGUAAUUCAAGGAUUUUACUAUGUUCCUCUCGCUCUGUUCAUGUUGAUUAGGCAAAUUUACUUCAUGUCGAAUCAAUAACUAUUUAAUGGAUUUCUAGUUCUUUUUAUCGCUGUACGUUAUCUUAAUCGAAAGUAACAGAUUAUGCUGCUUGAGUCCUGAUACUAUAGCACCUACAUUGGUGUUUUACAUAGUAGCUUUGGUAAUACUUUUCAUCUUUCAUGAAUCUUCAGAACAUAUAUCUACAUGAGCUUGAACUUAUAUAUAUAUACAUAUAUUUAUUCUGCUGAUAAGUCAAAUCAAGCACACAAAGUCAAAUUAAACACCUUUCCUCUUUCCUUACAUGUGAGACAGAGACGAACAUAAAUUUGAAGACUGAUGUAUAAGGGCCCAGAGAUGUUCGAUAGCGAAGAAAUCUCAGCUCUUUAAAUCUUUUCUACAUAUUAUAAUUAUCAAUUACUACAUUAUCUCGAAAGUUUUCUGAUCAGGCGUGUGGCAUCAGACAAAUUCCGCUGAGUGCACCAUGUGCUGUCCACUGGUAUGCAAUUUUCUGCAAUGCAAACAAGAUUCGUAACAAAUCACUGAAAGACUAAGGUCGAUUGCUUCAGCAAUGUACUUCAGCAAUUUGAUGUUUAAUGAUCUUAUUUUAAUCUUAUAAGCUCAGUAGAGAAUCAGACUUUUUGCCCAAAAUUAUCUAGUUAAACUGAGUAACUCAGUUUUCAAAAACCCCAAGCCAAGUAAUAGAAUGCCACUUUCAUUAGGCUUCUAUUUUAUUUAAUCCUUCCACUAGUGAAAGUAUUAAACUACAUUCUUCAAAAUUUGUGUCCAUCAUUUACGAAUUUCGCAUAGUUUAGAAUCAAUCAGCCUGUUAAGAUGUCGGGAGUGUAUCUUGCAUCUUAUAUAUGUUUUAAAACUUUUGAUCUUGAAGAAUUAACUUGCAGUUUCUGAUGCUAUGAAUUCGGAAAUUAAUGGUAUGAAUUCCUUGCAUGUACGUGUGUUAUCUGUCCAAUGACAUGUUUUUAUUUGCAACAAGUGCGUUAAAAAUAAAGGUGUUGAAGUCAAAAAGA